CUCUACCGUUCGCUACAAAAGUCAAAUUUUGCUUGGGAAUUUUGGCUCAUAUUUGGCCUACCUUUGGCUCUGGCCUCUGGGUUCGUCCAUUUUGAUUUUUGCCGCGGUUGAAGGCGGGAAAUAAAAGAAGAAAAAGCAGCCAAAAUUCAAACGAAACAAAGACGGCGUCGGAACUCCGGGAGAACCAUACAGCCGACUGAGAGAAAAGGAAAACCAAGCGAAAAAACGAUAGAAAUGGACAAGGGAAGUCCGAGCAGGCGAGCAGCGUCUUGCAGAGUCUACUAGAUGCCAUUCAAUCUUCCGAUGUCGUGGAGAAGAGGAUUCAGCUGCUCGCUAUUCUCGGUGAUUUAGAAUUGCGGGACGAAGCCGAUUUGGCCUCUCUGCUUGAAUGCCUUACCGUAUCCGAUUCUUUGUCGCUUUCACUUUUCUAGGUUAACAAACUAGUCUUUUGCUCUAUGUAUUGUACGCGAGCGAGAUGAGGGUGGUACUGUUGAAAGCUCAAUUUGGCCUUUGAUAAGUUCUACAUGUUGGUUGGUUGCAAUCUACUACUGUCAAUUGAACCUGUGCCAGUAGCUAGGUCCAAAUGACCAAACUCAGGCUAAAUCCAUUCUGAAUAAGUGUUGCUGCACUGCGUAGCUCAUUUCAGUGGCACGAAAUCGGUAGAUUACUCCAGUAUAUCCUUAAUAACUCAACACACGCUCUGGGAAGACUACACUUGCUUGGAUGUUUCUCAAUGCAUGUUGAACAAAACUAUAGUCCAUGUCGCCGCGAAAUUUGUAGGUCCAGCCUCAUCCGAUUGUUUGUCGUGGUUUCUUUCCCUUGGUAGCAUGGCCAGCUCAUGGUGCAGAAAGCAUUUGAAGAUGACUCUGAUGUCCAUAGAAAGAUUCUCAAGAGGAAGAACACAGCCGUCUCUUCUUUCAUGUUUCUGGGACUAUUGAGUUUGAGGAUUAAUUCAUUGGGUUCUGAAGUACUAAAGGUUGCACAAACAUCAAUUGAUGCUUUGAUAAAUAUGUGCAAGAGGUAUUUCCAAAUUAUCAAUGAGAAUCUAUAUGAUGCAAGUCUUAAAGAUUCUAGUGCCACUGCACCGGAAGUGGUUAGCAUAUCUGAUGUUGACUUGAAGACCCUGAAGUUUAUAAUUAAUAUUAUUCAGAAAUCGUCUGAUGUUGAAUCGUCUGAUGUUGACUUGAAGCAUCCCAAAGGUGAAUCAAUGAAGGAAUGUUGUCUUAUGCUCUUGAAUGUAACAUUAGAAAUCGUCUCAGUGAUGAAGCACCUAUAUCAAUCAGAUGAGAUGGAGAAAGUUAUAGAACUCCACGGUCUUUUUAUCUCUGGUCCGACAGCUUCAGAUUCUUGCUUGUACCAGUGCAAACCACAUCUGGCACUCUUCAUGGGAGGGCUUGGGGACGUGCAGAUGUCAGAAAGUAAUGAUUGUACAAAGACCACCGCAGUGUGGGAUUUAUACCACAUGCUGUUGAAGGAACAACACUGGGCACUCGUCCACCUUGUCAUUCCAUCAUUUGGGUACUUUGCUGCCCAUACUUCAUGCAAUCAACUUUGGAGAUUUGUCCCACAAAAUGCAGCCCUCUCGUAUGGCGUUAUGUCAGCAAGUGAAGUAUCAGAGCAGAGAUUCAUGUCAGAGUUGAAGGCGUUCCUGGAGAAGGAAGUCGCUGUUUUAGCAACUGUCUCAGCCAGCUCCUAG